CGUCUCACUUCUCCACAGAAACACACGGGCGGACGUUCACUCACGGUAAUUAGUUAAGAGGAAAGCAAUAAAACCACAACUAUACGACGACCUUGGAGUUGCAUACAAUAUGCAAAAUAACUCCACGAAAACCAAGGAAAUGUUUAUUGUGCGUGCUCUAGAGAAAAUCCUUGCCGAUAAGGACAUACGGCGUUCACAUCACUCGCAACUUAAGAAAUCCUGUGACACGGCACUCGAACAGAUCAAGGCGGAGCUCAUCAAUGCGGGCCAAAUCGCCGAAGGCAAUGAGCUACCCUGCGCUGCACUGCCGCUGCCCAAAAACGAUGCGGCGAGCAUUAUCAAUGCGGAAACCUAUUUCCUGCCCUUUGAACUGGCCUGUAAGAGCCGCUCUCCGCGCAUUGUUGUGACUGCGCUGGAUUGCCUACAGAAGUUAAUUGCCUAUGGGCAUUUGACGGGUGCCAUUCAGGAUUCAGCCAAUCCGGGUCAUUUGCUCAUCGAUCGUAUUGUCAUCACCAUCUAUGGCUGUUUCAAUGGACCCCAGACGGACGAAGGUGUGCAGCUGCAGAUCAUCAAGGCUUUGCUUACCGUUGUCACAUCACAGCACGUCGAAAUACACGAGUUUACGCUGCUGCAAGCGGUGCGCACCUGCUAUGACAUAUAUCUGUCCAGCAGGAAUCUGGUUAAUCAGACUACGGCACGUGCCACUCUCACCCAGAUGCUAAAUGUAAUCUUUGCACGUAUGGAGAAUCAAGUCUAUGAGGUGCCACCCACGCCAUCAACGACAACACUUAAUGACUGCAUAGGCAGUCCGGAAGGCAAUGGUGAGGAGCUGACGACGGAGGCUACGGAAUUAUCAGACAGCGAUGAAGCCAUCGCCUCAGAGCUGCUGGCUGAGAUAAUAACAGCUGCCUUCAAUGAGGCGAUGAAGGAACAGGGUGUAGAGCCGGAUGUGGCCGAAAUGGAGGCAUCUGUCAAUGGGAACGGAUCGGCUGAUUCUUCGCACUCGGAUCAUGAUAGCGUUGAGCUGCAUAGCGAGAAUGAUGCAAUAGUCACAGCCAAAUUCACACACAUAUUGCAAAAGGAUGCGUUUCUGGUGUUCCGAGCGUUAUGCAAACUCUCAAUGAAGCCGCUGCCCGAAGGUCAGCCGGACCCAAAGUCACAUGAGUUGCGUUCUAAGGUUUUGUCGCUGCAUUUGCUGCUGCUGAUACUGCAGAAUGCUGGCCCCGUCUUCCGCUCCAAUGAGAUGUUCAUCAUGGCAAUCAAACAGUAUCUCUGUGUCGCGCUGUCCAACAAUGGUGUCAGCCUGGUGGCCGAGGUCUUUGAAUUGUCGCUCUCCAUUUUUGUGGCGUUGCUUUCCAACUUUAAGGUGCAUUUGAAGCGCCAAAUUGAGGUGUUUUUCAAGGAGAUCUUCUUGAAUAUUCUGGAGGCCAGUUCGAGCUCCUUUGAGCACAAAUGGAUGGUUAUACAGGCUUUGACGCGCAUCUGUGCCGAUGCACAGUCUGUCGUGGAUAUUUACGUGAACUAUGAUUGUGAUUUCUCGGCGGCCAAUCUGUUUGAGCGACUGGUUAACGAUCUCUCGAAGAUCGCGCAGGGUCGGCAGGCUCUUGAACUGGGCGCGAACCCAAUGCAGGAGAAAUCAAUGCGUAAACGCGGACUGGAGUGCCUUGUGUCCAUACUGAAGUGCAUGGUCGAGUGGAGCAAGGAUCUCUAUGUGAAUCCCAAUAUGCCGACACCUGCACUGCAAGUUCAGUCGCUGCAGUCACCCACCACACAGGAGUUGCAAGCUGGGGAUAAUGUCGAUGCGAUAUCUGCUCAAAAUUCAAGUCUACGCUCUACGCACGGCGGCUCUAGUCAUAGCCUUAACUCGUACGGCAGUGCUAAGAAUCAAGAGCUGUUAGAUUUGCCUGAGGCGCUGGAGGAGCGUAAGAUGCGGAAGGAGGUCAUGGAGACGGGCAUUGAGCUGUUCAACCGUAAGCCCCAGAAGGGUGUGCAAUUUCUGCAGGAGAAGCAGCUGUUGGGUAGCAGCUGCCAGGACAUAGCACGCUGGCUGCAUGAUGACGAACGCCUGGACAAAACCGUCAUUGGCAAUUAUUUGGGCGAGAACGAUGAUCACUCUAAGGAGGUGAUGUGCGCAUAUAUCGAUGCCUUUGACUUUCGCCAGAUGGAAGUAGUGGCCGCUCUGCGCAUUCUUCUUGAGGAAUUCCGUUUGCCCGGCGAGGCGCAAAAGAUUGAUCGACUGAUGGAGAAGUUUGCGAGCAGAUACUGCGAAUGCAAUCCACAGAAUCAGCUAUUCCAGAGCGCCGACACAGUUUAUGUGCUCGCCUUUAGCAUUAUUAUGCUGACCACGGAUCUUCAUUCCCCACAGGUCAAGCACAAGAUGACCAAGGAGCAGUAUAUUAAAAUGAAUCGCGGCAUUAGCGACAGCAAAGAUGAUCUGCCCGAGGAAUAUUUGUCCUCUAUUUACGAUGAAAUUGCCGAGCAUGAGAUUAAAAUGAAGAAUAAUACCACAAUGCUCAUUGCACCAAAGCCAGCAGGAAAACAGCCUUUCAUUACAGAGAAGCGACGCAAACUACUGUGGAACAUGGAAAUGGAGGUCAUCUCCCUGACAGCUACCAAUCUGAUGCAGUCUGUAUCGCAUGUAAAAUCGCCGUUUACAUCGGCCAAGCAUCUGGAGCAUGUGCGUCCAAUGUUCAAAAUGGCCUGGACACCAUUUCUGGCCGCCUUUUCUGUGGGCCUACAGGUCUGCGAUGAUCCAGAGAUAGCUACUCUCUGUCUGGACGGCAUACGUUGCGCAAUUCGCAUUGCGUGCAUUUUCCACAUGUCUCUGGAACGGGAUGCCUAUGUUCAGGCGCUGGCACGCUUCACCUUAUUGAACGCAAAUUCGCCAAUUAAUGAGAUGAAGGCCAAGAAUAUAGAUACCAUUAAGACGCUCAUCAUGGUCGCCCAUACUGAUGGCAAUUAUCUAGGCAGUAGCUGGCUAGACAUAGUCAAGUGCAUUAGCCAGCUGGAGCUGGCGCAGCUCAUUGGCACUGGAGUGCGACCGCAGUUUUUGUCCGGUUCACAAACCACGCUCAAGGAUACGCUCAAUCCUAGCGUCAAGGAACACAUUGGCGAAACGAGCAGCCAAAGCGUUGUUGUGGCUGUCGACCGCAUCUUUACUGGCUCCAUGCGUCUCGAUGGCGAUGCCAUUGUGGACUUUGUGAAGGCGCUGUGCCAGGUUUCUGUGGAUGAACUGCAGCAGACGCAGCCGCGAAUGUUCUCGCUACAGAAGAUCGUCGAGAUUAGCUACUACAACAUGGAGCGCAUUCGUUUGCAAUGGUCACGCAUCUGGCAGGUGCUUGGCGAGCACUUCAAUACCGUCGGCUGCAAUAGCAAUGAGGAGAUUGCAUUCUUUGCUUUGGAUUCACUGCGCCAGCUAUCCAUGAAGUUUAUGGAGAAGGGCGAAUUCAGCAACUUUCGUUUCCAAAAGGAUUUUCUACGUCCCUUCGAGCACAUCAUGAAGAAGAACAAUUCGCCGGCCAUACGCGACAUGGUCGUGCGCUGCAUUGCCCAGAUGGUCAACUCUCAAGCGCAUAAUAUAAGAUCUGGCUGGAAGAACAUCUUCUCUAUAUUUCACCUAGCUGCCGGGGAUCAUGAGGAGCCAAUUGUGGAGCUGGCGUUCCAGACAACGGGCAAAAUCAUUGGCGAGCUCUAUCGGCGACAAUUUGCCGUUAUGGUGGACUCUUUCCAGGAUGCCGUCAAGUGCCUGUCAGAGUUUGCGUGCAAUGCACGCUUUCCAGACACUAGCAUGGAGGCCAUACGCCUAGUGCGCAACUGUGCCCAGUGCGUCCAUGAUGCGCCCCAGCUGUUUGCUGAGCAUGCGGGCAUGGAGAACGAUGCCUCCGUGGCGGAGGAGGAUCGGGUGUGGGUGCGCGGCUGGUUUCCCAUGCUCUUUUCGCUUUCCUGCGUUGUCAAUCGGUGCAAGCUGGAUGUCCGCACACGCGGCCUGACCGUGCUCUUUGAGAUCGUGAAAACGCAUGGGGAUAGCUUCAAGCCAAACUGGUGGAAGGAUUUGUUUAAUGUGAUCUUUCGGAUCUUCGACAAUAUGAAGCUACCGGAGCAUGUGACCGAAAAGUCCGAAUGGAUGACAACCACUUGUAAUCACGCGCUUUAUGCAAUCAUUGAUGUCUUCACGCAGUAUUUUGAUGUGCUGGGUCAUCUGCUGCUAGAGGAGCUCUUCGCCCAGUUGCACUGGUGCGUGCAGCAAAACAACGAGCAGUUGGCACGCUCCGGCACCAAUUGCCUUGAGAAUCUGGUCAUCUCGAAUGGGUUCAAAUUUAAUGAGGUCACCUGGGACAAGACCUGCCAGUGCAUACUGGACAUAUUUAAUGCAACGCUGCCCAAGGAGCUGCUCACUUGGCGGCCCAACAAGGGCACUGAACAACAGCCACAGCAGCAGCUGCCACGUCGUGCCUCCAGUACACCACAUUCCACAAGCAGUGCGCCGCAGGAACCGACGUUUAUGGCGUUGGCGCACAAUCAGUUCGAAGCACUACAUAUCAAAUGUGUGGUGCAGCUGGAGCUGAUACAGACCAUGGAUAAUAUAGUCUUCUUUCCGGCGACCUCGCGCAAGGAGGAUGCCGAAACGCUGGCUCAGGCGGCGGCCGAUAUGAGCGGCUGUCGUGGCGGCUCCGGGCAAUCACAACAGCUGCAGCUAGAUUGCCAGCGGGAGGAACAGGGCAUGUACGGCUAUUUGCGCACACGGCAGCUCUUCACGCUCGCAGAGUGCUUGAUGCAGUCACAUCGCUUUGCGAAGUGCUUCAAUGCGGAUCAGGAUCAACGCAAUUUACUGUGGCGUGCUGGCUUUAAAGGCUCCGUCAAGCCGAAUCUGCUCAAGCAGGAGACCGCCUCAUUGGCCUGCGUGUUGCGCAUCUUUUUCAAAAUGUACGGCGACGAGAAUCGACGCAGCGACUGGCCCGGCAUUGAGCAGGAGCUAGUGCAAGUCUGCAAGGAAGCGCUCGCCUACUAUCUUAGCUUGCAGAGCGAGGCGCAUCGCGAAGCGUGGACUUCACUGCUGUUGCUCAUCCUGACGCGCCUGCUCAAGAUGACCGAUGCCAGGUUCGCGACGCAUGUGUCCAACUACUACAGCCUCCUGUGCGAAAUGAUGUGCUUCGACCUCAAGCCCGAACUGAGAAGUGUCCUUAGGCGUGUAUUUAUGCGCAUCGGUCCAGUAUUCAAUAUUAUGAAUGUGAAUGUUAAUUUAAAUGUAAAAUAGUCAAGGUGCGCGCACUUAAGAGCGACACGGGCACUGCUACGCUGACUUGGCAGGGUUGAAAGGCAUCAACCCUCUCCACCUACCCCUUUAUACACACACACACACCCACAACCAACUGGUUACCCACUAGUUAUCCAUAUCCUGGCUUUGUUGUUAUGUUGUUUAGUUUAUUGUCACAUUUGGCCCCAUUCUCCGCAAGCAGAGUUUAUAUUUUAUUAUAUUUAUGUAUAUAAAUGUAUACAUUUAUGCGAUCGUAAAGUUUAUACCUAGGUUUAAACAAAA